CCCCGCCCUGCCAACAGCAGACUCGAAUCUGCAAAUGAAAACUCCUUUGACGAGGAAACUCAGCCCAGAGCCGUUCACCUCAUCCUGCCUUUCGACAAGCCAGGACCCCCAGAAAUCCAGUGGUUUGUUGAGUCAGCAUUGGACGACCAGCAGGACCCUCAACAAGACCCUCACCAGGGCACUCACCAGGGCACUCACCAGGGCACUCACCAGGGCGCUCACCACCAUCACGGCGGCGAUGGCGGCGGCCGGAGGCGGUUCACGAGGAGCCACGGGGAGAGGUUUCCACUCCCCGCUCACCCUCACCACCCUCACCUUUAUGCCACCGUGCCCUGGAGUCUCUCGAUGAGAUCCCCGCGGGUGCAGGAGCCGCCUCCGUCGCCGGGGCAACCGCCGUCGCCGGGGCAACCGCCGUCGCCGGGGCAACCGCCGUCGCCGGGGCAACCGCCGUCGCCGGGGCAACCGCCGUCGCCGGGGCAACCGCCGCUACUCGACGGGCUUGUGAUCGACCAGGACGGCAUUUACUACGUCUACAGCCGCGUCUGCUUCCAGACCCCGGACCGUGUUGAAGAGGAUGGUCAAACGACUUCUCCAACUCCUCCUCCUCCUCCUCAUCCUCCUCCUCCUCCUCCUCCUCAUCAUCCUCCUCCUCAUCCUCCGACGACGACUCCGACGGCGACUCCGACUCCGACUCUUCGCCGUGGAAGCCGCCGGAGCCGCCCGCCGCUGAGGAAACUCGGGCGGCAUGCCCGAGCGCUCGGGAGCCGGGUGGAGGCGGAGCAGGUGGAGGUGGCCGAGGAGUUGGUGGCCGAGGAGGUUGAGGAGGAGGUUGAGGAGGAGGAGGAGGAGGAGGAGGGGGCGACGUCCGCGAGGGAUCCCGGACCCCUGCGGAGGGACGACGCAACGGAGGGCAGCGCCGGCGAGGCCGUGAGGGAGGCCGGAUCGUCACGGAGGCGGGCGGGGGUCAGGGCCCGGCCCGGACCGUCCGGGCGGGGCGUUGCGGGGACCGGAAGCCCGGACCGGCCGUGA